AAAGCCUUCCACACAGAUCUAAGCCAGCUGCCCUGCUUUAAACACUUCAUUGCAAGAAGAGUGGAAGAGAGGGGGAACCUGCAUGCACCCCCCCCCUACCAGUGUGCUCAAAGUACACUGGCAAAGCAGCUGCCAGCUCUACAGACAGCAGACCAGCAGCUACAAAUGGUAGAUUUAGAGCUUUGCUAUUAGUUAGUAAGGCUCGUCUGGGAGUCCUUCUGCUUCAGAUUCUCAGGACUCAAAGGGCACUUGCUGCCCUGAGAGGGGGGUGCUCAAGCAAACUGACCUCUGGGGUUAAGUAGAAUCAGUUUGUGUGAAGCUGUGUGGAGGAGGGGAGGAGGCAACAGGCAACAGUUAGUGGGAGGUGGGAGGCCACGGUGGGGCUCCUGCACUGCUCAAGAAGGAGACUAAGCAGUCGCUGGGAAGCGGGGAAAGAGGAGGAGAUGGCCACAGGAGAAAUCACAACACUUCCCUCCACACCUGAAGACGGCGGCAGCGGCGGUUUUCCUCCUGGGAACUUCAAGGAUCCCAAAAGACUUUACUGUAAAAACGGGGGCUUCUUCUUGAGGAUAAGGUCUGAUGGGGGAGUGGAUGGAAUCCGGGAGAAGAACGACCCCCACAUAAAACUUCAACUCCAGGCGACCUCAGUGGGGGAGGUGGUCAUCAAAGGAGUUUGUGCUAACCGCUAUCUGGCGAUGAACAGAGACGGACGACUGUUUGGAGCGAGACGAGCAACAGACGAAUGCCAUUUCCUGGAGCGGCUCGAGAGCAACAACUACAACACCUAUCGCUCCAGGAAGUACCCCAACAUGUAUGUGGCGCUGAAGCGGACAGGUCAGUACAAGUCUGGAAACAAAACUGGACCGGGUCAGAAGGCCAUUCUCUUUCUUCCAAUGUCGGCCAAGUACUAAUCUGGGAUCUGAUCGAGAAAUGUUAAAAAGUCUUAGUGGCAACGAAGAAGAAGAUGUGACGGCAAUGAAGACAGAGUGUUGCCCAAAACAGCUGUGAUCCUUUCCAACUGUUACAUCCUAACAGUUCAUUUUGUUUUAAUCUUGAGCAUGUCUACUCUUAUUCAGCUUUACCUUCAAACAGUGGCGCACAUUCACACCAGGCCGCUUCCCAGUAAAACCAGGCUUUUACUGCUACACUAGUGCAACUGGAGCCGGGUGCUUUGCUCGAGUGCACCUCAACAGAACAGCAGCACAGCAUUAUUUCCUAAUUUCACCUAUACAGAUCUUCCCUCUCCUGCUGAGCGAAUCAUAGCAGCGACCUUCUGAUCACAAGUCUGCUUCCCACACUUCAGUGUUUGACUGUGUAAGUCUGAGUUUCAAAGCAGGAUGCAGGAGAAUAUUUUGUCAAAAGAUGUCUCCCAGAUGAACAAGAUUAAGAAGGUGCACUCAAAUCCUAAACUAUUGUGACUUGACGAUAAAGGAGGAGAAAGGACUGAAUUUUAAAACUUAUGAUCAAAAUUUUGUUUGACAAAACUAAGCACAGUAAACAUGCAAAUCAAAAUCCAGGCAAUACUUAGUUUUUCUCUACUUUUCUUUUUACACUAGUCACUACCUUGACACAAUGGGUUUGUAGUAGGUUUCUGGCGCUUGUCUUCAUUUUCUGAUAAAAUUGCAUUUGCCUUUUGUGUUUGUAUAAUUUAAGAUUUGUGCAACAUGUCCUAACAUUGCAUGGCACAAGAACACAGUGUAUAAAUACAAGAUAACUGUGGUGGAUGGUGAUAUUUCAAAGAAAGGCAGGUUCCUUGUAAAAAAAAAAAAAGACUUGCUGUGUCUCGAAUCAGAUACUUCACUUAGUGUAUCCACAUGUAGUACACUGUAUACUCAGUAUACUCACUGGCGUGAGUGUUGUCUCAAGUAGUGCACGUACCAAAAUUAUGAUGGCAACAUGUGACCAUGUCUGUCGCCCACCAAAAUAUCCGUCAGCUGCUUUGCUCAUUUGACUUAAAAACAAACGUUUCGCUUUCUUGCGUGUGCCUCAAGUUUCAUGCAACAUGUACAUUACGCUGACCCAUGUCGCCCGUCCUCAGCUAACAUUUUCACAAGUUUGAAAAUACGCUGGUGGAUCCUUCCCUUUCGCUGCGUAGCCAAAAUGGCGACCGUUGAGUGUGAGAAGUGUCCAUUAUUCUACACUCAACAUUUUGACCAUUUUUGUGCAGCAUCCAGGUACUUACAGUGCACUGCAUGUUUCCAUACUUGUCAGUAUGAACACACCAAUUGAGACACAGCAAUAGUUUGUAGUUUUUUUUUAACUAGCCAGUAGGCUACUUUAGCAAGGCAGCCAACAUUCAUAUUGCAUUAAUGAAUUAAUACUGUUAACUAGUUAAAAGCUAAAAUUAGCUGAACUCAGUAUUGGUUGUGAAAUGAUUUGUUCCCAGUAAAAA